AUGGCCGGCGGAGCCAAGAAGCCUGUCAACAUCUUCCGCCUGAAGAACCUGGGCGAGCCCAAGGAGGUCUUCAACUGGAGACUAUGGUUCGCCGUCAUCUCCUUCGGGCUGAUGGGGGCCGCUCGCGGUAUCGACGAGGGCCUCAUCUCCGGUGCCUUCAACUCCAAGGACUUCCAGCGAUUUAUCCACUACAGUUCCUACAGCUUGGUGGAACAGACCAACAUCAAGGCCAACGUUUCGGCCAUGGUUCAGAUUGGAUCGGUCGGUGGUGCUCUCUUUGCUUUCCUAGUGUGUGAUCGCAUUGGUCGUAUCUGGGCUACUCGUGAGCUCUGUCUCGUUUGGAUGAUCGGCGCCGCCAUUUUCAUGGGCAACAAUGGCAACCUCGGUGCGGUGUACGCCGGUCGGUUUAUUGCCGGUCUGGGAGUCGGGCAGACCGUGGUGGUGGCCCCCGUCUAUCUUGCGGAAAUUGCUCCGGCGGCGAUUCGCGGUCUCUGCACAUGUGUGUUCACCGGUUUCGUCUAUUUGGGCAUUGUGCUUGCCUAUUUCGCCAACUACGGAUGCCAGGUGCACAUGGGCGAUUACACUCACGCACGAUGGGAGGUUCCGACCAGUCUCCAUGUCAUUUUUGCUGGCUUGAUCUUCCUCCUUUCCUUCUUGCAAUACGAGUCACCCCGCUACCUGAUCAAGCAGGGUCAGGUGGAGAAGGCCAUCUCCAACCUCUCCCACCUCCGCAACCUCCCUGCUGAUCACGAGUAUGUGGUUCGUGAAAUCGACGCCAUUCAAACCGCCCAUCAGAUUGAGAUGGAGGCCACCAUGGGUUCGGGACCGAUGGGUAUCCUUAAGGAGACAUUCAUGAUUCCCUCGAACCUCUACCGAGUCUACCUCGCUCUGAUGGCACAGAUUAUGUCGCAGUGGUCGGGUGCAGGCUCCAUCACUCUCUACGCCCCCGACUUGUUCAAGCUGUUGGGCGUCACGGGCAGCAAUGAGACCCUGUUGGUGACAGCCGUUUUCGGAAUCGUCAAGCUGGUGGCUGCGAUUGCGUGCGCCCUCUUCCUCGUUGAUGUGAUCGGUCGCAAGCGCGCCUUGCUGAUCGGAAUCAGCCUGCAGGCGAUUGCGAUGAUCUAUGUUGCUGGCUUCCUGACCGCUGUGCCAGAGAUGGGCGUGGUCAAGAACUACAAGCUCCCGGCGAACGAGAAGGCCGCCAGUAAGGGCGCGAUUGCGAUGAUUUACCUCUCGGGCUUCGGCUGGGCUCUCGGCUGGAACUCGAUGCAGUAUCUGCUGACGGCCGAGCUGUUCCCUCUGCGAAUCCGUGCUUUCGCCACCUCGUUGGCCAUGACUUUGCACUUUGCCAACCAGUAUGGAAAUGCCCGGGCGGUGCCCAACAUGCUGCUCCCGGUGGCCGAUGGCGGCAUCAGUCCCAAGGGGACCUUCUGGUUCUUUAGCGUGCUCACCGUGAUUGGUGGAGUGUGGGUCUGGUUCACCGUCCCCGAGACCGCCGGUCGGAGUCUGGAAAGCAUGGACCGCCUAUUCGAGCUGCCAUGGUACCGCAUUGGCCUCUAUGGUAACCGGGAUGCCGACGAGCGUGACCAGGUGGUCGAUGAGAAGAUCGAGACGAUGAUGUCUCAGCAAGGCACUGCGCAGCAUGUCGAGCGACAGGAUGCCUCGGCGCGUGUCUAA